AUGGAUAACAAGCAAUUAUUAUUCGAAAACCCUGCAACCGAUGAUUUUUUUGAGGAUAAGCUGGACUCUGCCGUUGAAAGCGAUGAUUACGAUAUUUUCAUGGGCAUCUAUGAGUUGAGCGUUACCCUUGGACACUAUCAUCCUAAUAUAAAGCAGAUAAUGCGGGUCUUGGCCAAAAGCCAAACCCCAAACAAUGAUUCUAUGGAAGUGGCUCUGCUCAAUGACAUUCGUCUGUGCUUCGAGCAUCUGCAGGAGGAAAAUGAUGCAGAGGAGAAGCCUCUACACGAGGCUGAGCAGGAAAUCUUUAUGUAUCUCUAUAAGGAACUUUCCAACUUGGAGCUGGACGAGCGCGAGCGUAUGAAUUACCUCAAACUAUCCCUCGAGCUAUUCGAUGAGGAGCGAAGAAAAGAUUUGGGUAUUGAGGAUACCUUAAGUAACCGGCUAAGAUCCAUUGAUCGGUUACACCUGAACAUUGAAAAGAUUGUGGCACGUAUCGACGCGUCCACGGAUGAGGCACCUAAUGUUGAUUCGCUUGCUGCUGUUGCGGAUGAUACCGUUACACGAUACGGAUAUGACUUUCCUGUGGAUUUUCCAGUAGGUACACGUCUGUCUGCUGCUCCGGAGGGUCCAAAAGCUAUGCCUACAGAUGAUCCACAAGGUUCUUCUGUCCUAGAUGAUGCUGAUAGUCCUUUAAAUGCUGCCAGAGACGUUUCUGUGGCUGCUCCUGUGAAUAAUAUUCAGGCUGUAUCCAAAGCUACAGAUAAUACGAGGGAAAUUCUAGCAGCCCCUACGAAUACUCCUGCAGGUGUUUUAAAUGCUGUGGCUUUGCAUUCGGAUAUAUCUUUCAAUGAGCAAUCAAACGUCGCGCAAGUAAAUGUUCGAGAUGAUUUGGCGUUGGAGCAUCUGAAAAAUACUCAACUUUUAAUAUCGGAAUUCAUACGAAAUAUGACAAUGAUGGUUAAAGGAGUGCCAGGCACCAACUCAGAUCCGAACCAAAUAUCCCCUGAAGAGACGUCUGAAGAUUUAGCGCUUACGGAUGAUGAUCUGGAAGAUAAUUCCUUGUCCAGAUUGACAGUGCAAAAGCGCAAUGCUAGAGCUACUGCAAUUCCACCCAAACAGAAAUCUAAAGAUCUAAUUGGACAGCAAACACCCAUAGAAUUCCCUUCGAAGUGGCAACAUCAGCGACACAUAAUUGCCGCCCCGCGUGAUAUUUUCAAACUCUUCAAGUCAAAUCCCGCAUAUCAAUGGCCCACAAAUGAUCUGAAUGCUCCCGAUUUCUUUGAACAAUUGGACCAGUUCUAUGAGGUAACAGCACAUAAGGAUGGUGCACCGACGACGCAAAUCAAUGUGUCCUCGGUGCAGUCACGUCUAAAGUCACUCCUGCGUGGUAUAAAGAAAGACCUUCCCAAGAACAUCAGUUACUCAGAUUGGUUGAUUAGAGUGGGAAAAUGCCAGCUCACACAACUACUGACCAGUGAAGAGAGAGAGGCCUACGAUACAUGGCGCUGGCAGCUGAGAGAUCGUGGUGGCCAAAAACUAACGGACGAAGAUCGCUAUCGGGACGCACUCAAGGGCUUGCUGGGCUCGGAGUCGCCACAUCUUAAAUGGUCAGCCUUGAAUUCCCGACUCCUGCUUCGGUAUCCUCAUCAUCAACACAGCAUCAGCGAGUCCUAUUUGCUGUUGGCCCUGGGCCAUGUCGGCUACUUGUAUCGAUCGUUGAAGCUAAAGAUGCAUGAGCUGGCCCAAAGGGGGGCCGAAGGUGACCAAGCUUUGGCAGAAUAUAUUCAUGGGGAUCUAUCGUCAUUCCAUGAAUUCCAUUAUGAACAGCUGGCUCGUCACAGAAGUCUACUUAGUUUGUUUUUGCGCACUCGUGGCUUCCAGCAGAGGUUCCAGUAUCUCCUGAAUCUGCUUCUCCAUGUGAAGAAAGGAAAGUCUCGUUUCCUAUCGCUUUACAGUCAGUUGGGUCAAAGAGUUUUUAGGGAAGAGGUUACAGUUGAAAAGUGGUUGAUGGUCGCAAGUAAUGAACUUCUUGUCAUGCUAAACUGCUGGCUGCUAAGGGGUCAACUUCCGGAAUCGGACUGUGAAGAGUUUUUCAUUGUUCAAAAUUUGGCAUUAAGCACAGACAAAUUUUGGCAGGAAAGUUUUCGGCUGUCAGAGCCCUUCUCAUUAUUUUUCGAUAGUCGAUUGUCAACGCUGAUGAUCAGCAUAGGUAGAAAUCAUGUGUACUCAAAAAUAUAUCUGUGUACGGAAAUGGAAGCUCUCGUAUCGGCGAGAGAGCUACAGUACAGACUGCUCGACGCUUUUCAGCAGUUAUAUCAGGACGGAGACCAGGAGCCACUUUAUGAACUCGUUUCCGAACUGCAUCUGGAUGUGUGUGGCAAGGUUAUCAGAUGUCUUUACAAUUAUGCACCGUCUCCAUUGGACCUAUUCCAGAACCUACACAAAUACUUGCUGCUGACAGAUGAGCACUUUGUGAGGCAGCUAAUAGAAUUACUUGAACCAGUACUGGAAGGACCAGCAAAUUUCUAUGACCCCGAGCUAUUGAACUAUAUGAUGAGCAAUAUGUUACCCAAUCGAAUUCCCGAUCUCUUUGUGGGUGAAGCCAUUUCGGAAGGUUCAAAAUGUUGGUCUCGUUUCGUUCUGCACUGGAAGCUACCCAUCCACUGGAUGGCACUGCUGGGGGAUAGUCUUCUGCAAUAUGAGUCUAUCUUUCCCGGCCUAUGGAAGUUCCAUCAUGCCUACUAUGUACUCAGCCAAAGGAUUAUGCGACAAAACUGGCACUUUCGGCAACGUAACCAACAGGACAAUAAGUGCUUGGAGCAUGUGCAGUGUCACUUUGAUAAGCUGAUCGACAUCCUGUUGGAUCUAAUGGAUGGUUUAAAAAUCUACCUUCUACAGGACGUGGUGGACGUGGCCUGUGCCGAGUUCAAGCUGACUCUUCAGAAGGUCACGAGCAUUGACGAAAUGCUCGCCGCCAAUAGAAUCUAUUUGGAUGCCAUAAAGCUUGGCUCAUUUCAAAUAAAAGCAGUUAAAAGGUCCAGCGAUUACUUGGAAAAAGUCUACAGUCUCAUCCAUGACUUGGAAAUGAGGCAACAAAAGUUUCACAGGCUGUUUCAAAUUUAUCUGAACUAUGACAGUGAUGAUUCUUAUGACGGCUCCAUUUACUCGAAUCGUUUGAAUGAUUUUCGUUUCUCCUGUCAGAAAACUUGCGAUUCUCUCAAUGAGCUAGAGGAAGAAAUAUAUGCGGCGAUCUCUGACUUUCUGUUGAGCCUGCAUGUGGGUGGAUAUCCAUCGUUUAGGUCGCUGGCCAGAAAAUUGGAUAGUCAAGGACUCUACAAGAACCAAAAGGAAGUAUUGCGCUUUGUAGACACGUUUGCGUUCCAACGAAUGUUGAAAAGUUGUAGAACUUAA